UACAAGUAGUGUCGUGAGAUCGCGAUGUCGUUAGUUUAGAAACAGAAUGCGAUAAUGCAUGAUCUUUACAAUACAAGUCUCGCGCGCGAGACCUCGUGAGAACCGUCAAGUAGAGAAUGGUAAUGAGAACGAAUAAAAAAUGUGUUUAUUUAAGUGCAGCGGUGUUACAUAGUAAAAAAGUGAGAAGGUGUAAUAAGUGAAAGUGUGAGUGCAACUGAGAGAGCAAGUAUCGCGUUGAUUACGAUACACAAAUCUCGAGUGAGAUAUUGUGUGAAGUAUUACCGGAGUAUCAUACAUUACAGUGAAGAACUGUGUGUACUUCAAGAUGUCGUCGGGUCAUAGUAGCAGAAGUAGUCGUACUGCACAAAUCAGUUCGAUCCUCCAAAAGCUCCAGGGUCGAUUUAGUGACGCAAUGACACCACCAAAAUUAUCGACAGAUAAACGAAUGCUCGACAAAACAUGGAAGCUUAUGGAUAAAGUUGUUAAACUUUGUCAACAUCAACGAAUGAACCUUAAAAACUCUCCUCCGUUUAUCCUUGAUAUCCUACCGGAUACAUACCAACGAUUGCGAUUAAUAUAUUCUAAGUAUGAAGAUCGUAUGCACGUUCUUCAUAGCAACGAGCAUUUUUGUGUAUUCAUUAAUAACCUCAUGCGAAAAUGCAAGCAAGCCAUUAAAUUAUUUAAAGAAGGCAAGGAAAAAAUGUUCGAUGAGACUUCACAUUAUCGCAGAAACUUGACGAAACUUAGUCUCGUUUUCAGCCACAUGCUCUCUGAGUUGAAGGCCAUCUUCCCAAACGGCGUCUUCGCGGGCGAUCAGUUUCGUAUCACCAAGUCGGACGCUGCAGAAUUCUGGAGAGAGCGCUUCGGUAACAGUACUUUGGUUCCAUGGAAAGUUUUCAGACAUGAAUUGAAUCAAGUUCAUCAAAUAAGUUCUGGACUUCAAGCUAUGGCAUUAAAAUCAACGAUAGACCUCACUUGCAAUGAUUACAUUUCAAACUUCGAAUUCGAUGUAUUUACAAGACUGUUUCAACCAUGGUCAACAUUACUACAAAAUUGGAAAAUUUUGGCUGUUACACAUCCUGGUUAUGUUGCUUUUUUGACAUAUGAUGAAGUUAAAGCUCGUCUACAAAAAAAUUGUAUUACAAAACCUGGAAGCUAUGUCUUUCGAUUGAGUUGUACGAGAUUAGGACAAUGGGCUAUUGGUUAUGUAACUUCAGAUGGUGAUAUUCUUCAAACUAUACCCCACAAUAAAAGCUUAUGCCAAGCAUUAUUAGAUGGUUAUCGAGAAGGCUUCUAUUUAUAUCCAGACGGGCGCAAUAUAAAUCCAGAUUUAACGUGGGCUGUUCAACCAACUCCAGAAGAGCACAUAAAGGUGACAGCUGAGCAGUAUGAAUUAUAUUGCGAAAUGGGUAGUACAUUCCAAUUGUGUAAAAUAUGUGCUGAACAUGACAAAGAUGUGAGAAUAGAGCCUUGUGGACAUCUUCUCUGUACGCCUUGUCUAACAGCUUGGCAGGUAGAUUCUGAAGGUCAAGGAUGUCCUUUUUGUCGUGCAGAGAUAAAAGGAACUGAACAGAUAGUUGUAGAUCCCUUUGAUCCACGACGAACACACAGACCUGGAGCUCAAUCAGCGUCAGCCAGUAAUGCAUCUACUCCUACGCGGGAUCUUGAUCCUGACACCGAGGAUAUUAUGGAAUUAUCCAAUGGUAACUGUGGAUUAAUUUGUGAUGACUCUGAUGAAGAAGAAGAUUCGAGUCCCAUGAAUUCACCAGUUCCAUCGCGACGAAUUGUUCCAAGUCCUCCUUUACCUCCAAGACGACCAUCACCAUCGCCAACUCCAAAUAAUAUUUCUCGAAAUAAUCGUCAUUUAGCUGUACCUAAAGAAAAUGCUCCUCCUCCGCCGCCUGUCACAGUUAUAUUAUCUUCCAAUGAAAAUCAACAAAAUAACAAAGCUGCAACGGAAGCAAGAUAUGAUAUGCUUCACAGAGCAUCAUCUCCUUCACCAGUUCCUCCAGCAGUAAUACGACCACAUGUUCGAUCACACACAAAACCACCAGCAUUACCUGAAAAAGCUAAUCGUCAUUUGCCUUCACAGCCAACCAAUGUGCCUCCAGUACUACCACCGUUAUCCGCACCACGACCUCCAAAAACAACUAAAGAUCUAUCGAAACAGGAUCAUCAUUAUGAAAAUACCAUUUUAAUACAUGGAUCUAAAGAGCAUGUAGUAAAAAAUAUUAAUUUAGAAAUGAAUAGAGCAAAAUUUACGGCGCUAAUGAAAAAUAAAGAUGAACCUGGUGGUUCAGCAACUAAAUCAGAAGCGGCUGCUUACGAAAAUGUUAAUGUUGAACAUAUCUCGAGACUUACUGCUUUAGGCUUUGCUCAAGAUGCUGUUAUUAGAGCUCUGGGAAUUACAAGAAAUGAUUUAGAAAUGGCCUGCGAUAUUCUCAACGAAUUUGCCACUAAAUCUUUUUGACCAGAUACAAACUCUGAUGAUUUAUGACCACCAGUUCCACCUCGGCGGUGUUCAUAGUUAAGAAUUAUCAUUUGGAAAAAUGAAGAACAACUGUAAUUAUCACUAGUAUCUAUAACUGUUAUAAAUCUACAAUAAGUCAAAUUUUGCUAUGAAACAUAACUAUAAAUUCUUGAAUUUUUUUUUUUUGAUAGAUGAAUGAAUCAAUUUAUUUGUGCAAUAACUCAAUCAAAAGUAUCAGAAUCAGUGAGAUGAAAAUAAUUUUAAAGUAAUCGAAUUUUAAAAUAAUAAUUAGAGAUCGUUAAAUUCUAGAUGAUAACUUACAAUAAUGAUGCAGCCAUUCGAACAAAAUAAAUCCAACAUGUGUAUAAUAUUAGUUUUAGAUAAUGCAUUGAAAGUUUAACGUUGAAAAAAGCAACGUAGUAUAUCAGCUUUAUUUAAAGAUACCUCUUAAUUGUUUUGUAUAGCAACAAUGAUAUUGUCAGCAAGUAAUAUUAAUUUUAAUGAUGGAAGACAUUGCAUGAUGUUUGUUUAUUUAUUUAUUAUUAGGGUAUGUGUCAAAUGUGAUAUUUAUAUUUAAAAAAAGGAUGAACGAUUUUAAGUAGUUUAUCAGUAAUUUUAUCAUGCGCCAUAUAUAUAAUUUUUCAGAAAUUAAACAAAGAUCGAUUAACGAUAAUAAACGUUUACUUAUAUUAACAAUUCAUAUAAACAGAAUAACAUAUUUAAAAAAUUUCAUUGGAAUGACAAUAGCGGUAUUAUUCAUGAAUGGUAUUUAAAUGUACAAGAUAAUAUUAAUUUAAAAUAAAAUUUAUUAUAGGACUGAUGGAAGUUAAGUGAAUACAAUCUAUUUGUAAAUAUUAUAAAAAGAGCUAAUUUAUUGAAAUUUUUUUUAUUACGUAAUAAUUACAAGUGAUACGUAUUUAUCUCAAAAUAAUGUUGCAUAAAAAAAAAAUAUAGUAAGAUAUUGUUUUAACUAUUAAAUUACCUAUACAAAU